GGGAAUGAAAUGGACUAUGUUAUGUCUAGUCUAUGAGACCAGUCUGGUUGCGCACUAGAAUACAUCAAUAAUACAGUUGGCGACAACAAUAUUAUUAAAACGUUAUUAUUAGGCUAUUUUUAUUUAUUCUGAGUCAAUACAAGUAACCAUGCAUUUCUGUAAACUAUUAUAUCUCAGCAUUCUCAGCUAUUGGCUCUUGUCUUGCCCUUUUAAAAGGCGGCCUGAAGGCGAAGGAGUCAAAUUCCAUCUCACGUAGGAAGCAGCAUCUCCUCACGUUUCUCCCUUCUUCCACCACGACGCAUAACGGGUCCGCAUCAACAGGCAGAAUAAGGGGGAGCUUUAUUCCUCUUCCGUUGAAUUAUAACGGUAUUGACACAUGCUACGGUAAUCCACUAUUAUAAUAAUAGCGCAUUUUCUAGCGUUUUAUCGUUUUGAACGAGUUGGUUCCCAUUUUAUCUGAAAUUAACCUUCUUUCUAUGGUUGUCAAAGUUUAUCUUGAUGCAACAUAGUGAAUUGACGCCCAAGAGGAAUCAAAUAUUUUAACGAUUUUCUACACGAAGCAGAAUAUUUGAUUACGGACAUGUAAGCAUUUCACCGUAAGGUCUACCUACACCUGUUAUAUUCGGCGCAUGUGACAAAUACACAUGGAUUUGAUUUGAUAUAAGGAACAAGCGAAGAGAGGGAGAAUCGAACAGCCUGCUACUUUCCCCAGCGGAAAUGAGCUCAGUCGGGGUUUUUUCCAUCUUUUAGAACAUGACGGGUUUCAGCCACUACUUGCUGCCGGUGGAACCCUGAAGGUUCUCAUUCCACAACCAAAAUCUUUUGAUUCGGAUGGAAUGUCAAAGUAACUCAAAUGAACUACAACUACACGGACCGCAGCGACGCGCAGCAUAAUCAUCACUACUGCGAAGGAGGCAUGGAAGGUGGCUUGGGCACACCCACGUCAUCAGCUGGCAGCUCCACCUGCAAGAGGCUCCAGCAGCACUGGCGCCCAGAGUACCUGAGGACAGAGUUACACAGGCUACAGAGCACCCUGGCUAGGGAGGAGGGGAGGACAGCCUGCCUGACCAACGGAGCAUCUGGAUGUCAUGGGAUGAACAGGCAGAACGGUCACAGUGAUGUCAUAAAGACGAGCAACACCCUGAGACUACAUGUACCACCAGCUGGCUCAUGUGUCUCAGUCAGCCAGCAGCUCUCUCCUCUGGAGACAUCCAGCUCAGAAGCAUACAAACCAUCCCUAAGUUACCAAAACAACCAUUUAAUUUCCUCCUCUCCCACUCCCCCUCAGAGUGACUUCAGGUUGACCCCAGGGUCAAUCCCCCUACAGCCCUGCCUCUUGAGCCCUAACCCCAGGUCUAGUUCUGCUGCCUCUGCAACUCAGUUCUGCCCUCCUAACUCCAGGACCUGUCCCUAUGGUUCCACUGGCUCCAGGUCACCCCAGUCCCCCCGGCCAACCUGCCACUCCAGGCCACCUCCUUCAGGGGACACUCCCUUCAGCUCCUCUUUCAGCUUCAUCCAACAGUCACUGAGCCUUGAUUCACUGAGCUCCAAUCACAGGAAAAAUACAGACACCGCAGCUGGUGAGAGGCCCCCUGGCCUAAACCCAGACCAACAACCACUGAACAGGCCCCCUGGCCUAAACCCAGACCCACAACCACUGAACAGCUCCCCUGGCCUAAACCCAGACCCACAACCACUGAACAGCUCCACUAGUCUAGACCCAGACCCGCUGGAUCAGUCCUCAGCUAGGUCAUUAAGAACUAGAUCAGUCCCAUCCCACUCAGAACCACUGGAGUGGUCUGCGUCUGUCCCACUCUGCCAACCUGUAUCAGCCCCCCUUGACCAAUUACCAUCCAGGACAUCUGGCUCCAGCUCCAACCAAUCACGACUAGGAGUUUUGGGUCUCUCUUUGGGGCUUUCUGUUUCAAAACUGUCAACUCCGAGUCGUGUCCAAUCAGAGCCAGGCUCCGUCCCUCUCAGCCAGUCAGACGGAGUACGGGACCGGCUCUCACCUUGGGUGUGGCAGGACCGCCACUGGGAAGGCCGGGAGGGGGCGGGACCACAUCUGCGGGCGGAGUUACCCUCCUCUGACCUGGCGGAGGUGGAGCCUGACUGUGACUCCUCCUCUCUGGACACAGAAGCCUCCUCCUCCCUGUCAGUAGCGGAGGACUCUGACGCUGCCACUCCCUCCUCCCUCACCUCAGGGUACGAGAGUACCACGCCCACUACCGUCUCUGCCUCCUCCCUCACCUCAGGGUACGAGAGUGCCACGCCCACUACCGCCUCUGCCUCCUCCCUCACCUCAGGGUACGAGAGUGCCAUGCCCACUACCGCCUCUGCCUCCUCCCUCACCUCAGGGUACGAGAGUGCCACGCCCACUACCGCCUCUGCCUGGAAUGACUGCGUUCCAGACCAGGACCAGGGCUGGGACCAACUGGUCAAGAAGUACGAAGGUGUCCUUCAAGAUUGCCUGCACAACAACCGUACUAAUACUAAGAUUGAGUCCAUGAUGGGGAAGCUGCAGAGACUAAAGCAGAAGGCUAUCCUGGAGGAUGAGUAUGACUCAGCUGAGCGCUUUGGUAAGAAGCUGGAGGAGCUGUGUAGAGAGAGGAGCUCACUGAGGCUGGGUCUCCCCUCCAGACAGCCCAGUGUGGCUCUGUUCCUCCAGAGACUCAGAGAGGCAGUACACAGCGCCCUCGCCAGGAUGGAGGACCAUAGGGAAGAGGUGGAGAGUGAUGGAGGGGAAGUGGCUGAAGCCGUCCAGGGUCCACUGCAAAGGAGAGAGUGUUUGCUGCAGGAGAAACGCAUAGUGGAGGCGGAGAUGGCAGAGCUGCAGUGGAGGCUUGGAGAGCUGCAGUCUCGGAGUUGCAGCCUGGAACAGCAGAUCCAGCAGGAAGAGGAGGAGCUACAGACUGAGGAGGUUGAAGGACCCGCCCUGCGCAGCUGUAGCCACACACAGCUCAGAGACAUGGGCAAUGCCCUCAAUGACCUGGUAACAUCACAGAGCAGGACCAGGAUUUGUGUCUCUCCCCCUGAAGCCAUACUCAGACUCCAGGAUCAGGAGCAAUCACUGAGUCUGUCCAUUAAAGAUGCUACGGCUAAAGUAGUGAUGAGUCAGAGGUUGGGAGGAAGUCUGAGAAGGAAAGUCAGUGAGACAGAGACUCAACUCCUGGCUCUCCAUGAAGCCAAGUUAGCCGCCAUCUCAGGUAAUGCCUUCAGCAGUGCUAAGGAGCUGAAGGCAGAGAUGAGAGCUGUCUACGGAGAAAGAGACAGGCUGGAGCUGCUAGUGAAGAGACUCCACAGCCUGAGUUUUGGUAACAGCCAGGAUCUGGCCAAGAUGAAGACACAACAACAACAGCUGAAACUGGAGCUGGAGGCCAGACAGGCCCAGCAUGAACUGACUCUGAAAGAGAAUGUUGUCAAGUACAUCGAGUUACUGGAAGACAGACUGCACAGUUGUGGCUGUCCCCCUCUGCAGCAUAUCUGGGAGGCUGAUCUAGAAGCCUGUCACCUCCUCCUCCGAGGCAUCCAGCUGCGUACCCCCUUCUGUGGUGGUGCGGACCCUGCCACAGUGGUACUACCCAACCCCCAACCAGCCACUAAACAAGACGCAGAUCUGCAGGAAUGUGCCAUGUUGACGGCUCUGGGGGGGCGCUGGUGCCCCGAGGCCAACCUACAGAACUCAGAGUUCACCAAGAAAUUGGAAGAGUUUUUAUUCUGCAUGGAGGAUGUUCACCCAGAGGAGGACAGUGGCAGUGAAGCAGCAGGGCUAACAGCAGACCUGACUAUAGAGCUGACCGACCAGUGUGAGGAGAUCAGUGAUAGGCUGUUGAUUCUGGAGGAUGACCUCCAGACAGCCAUGCAGAACAAAGACCAGGAUCUCACUCAGUCCCUGGAGCAGGAGGUGAGGGAGGUGAAGGCUACUCUACACACCAUGCUGACACAGCUUAAUGAUGAGGAGGCAGAGGAGGAGAGAGAUAAUGAGAUCAUGGAGGAGGAGGAGGAAGAGGAGGAGGAAGACCAGUAUUUCAGUGACAGCUGGGAGAUUUGAUACAGGGGUCUCGGGUUUCUCCUGUGUUUUAUGACCAUCCCAGAGACCCUUUCUGGUGGCUGUCCUCUGACAAACCGCUGACCUCUAACCCAUGAACCCGCAAGACUCUGUGAGAGGUUGACAUCAGCAAUCAUAUUAAUUUACUGUAGCUCCAUCUCCUGUACAAUUAGACUCUGUUGUGUUGCUGGACAAUUCCAGAGAGAUUGGACUAUAAACCACUAUCAGUUUUUAUAUAUUAUGGGAAGACACUUUGAUACAAAUCUAGUAAUUUCUAAAUAUGUUUAAGAUAGCAGUUAUGUCCAAGUUUGAUUUGGGAGAAAAACAUUGGAUUUAUAUAUAUAUAUAUAUAUAUCUUCUAAAUAUUUUUGACUGUUCUAGUUAGUUUAACCAGGCUGAAACACAGCAGUGCCUUAGGCAGAUAAGACUUAACAAAAUGUUGUUACUGCUAGAAGACAUGGAGAUGCUGGUUUCCUCUCAACAUUUUAUCGGAAUCAGAACAGACUGAACAGCUUUUAAUAGUAAUAAUGUUGAUGUAUGUGGGGUCACUCCAAUACGACCUCAGCUCCAUCUGUAAUAUGUGACAGUAGAGAAGAACAAAAUGGACCAACAGCAGAGAAGGACCAAAUGAACCAACAGGAGAGAUGGACCAACAGGAGAGAUGGACAAAAUGGACCAACAGGAGAAAUGGAC